AUGUUAAAGAAGUUUAUUUUAAAAUUGAUUUAUAACAAAUUAUUAAAUAUGACAAUUAAAAUUAUUUUUAUUAUCUUAUUGUUUUUAACUUAUGUUCUACCUGCACAAAAAUUACCUCGUCCGUGGUUUGCAUAUCAAAUAUUUUGUGCGAGAAUAAGCUUUAAAUGUAAUGGCGAACCAGCAAAUAAUGUUCGAAUUGUAACUUAUGACUACACGGCAGGUAUCUAUUCUAAAGUUGGUACCAGAUAUCUUGACGAAAGUGGCUAUUUUUCAUUUUGUGGAGUAAUUGAUGGAUAUUUUCCUUUUAAUCCUUACUUGUAUGUUUAUCAUAAAUGCAAUAUCAGUAAGCCUAAUUGCGAAAAAGAAAUAUAUUUACAUAUUCCAAGAGAUUAUGUUUUUUGGGGAGUAGAAGUUUCAAAGUAUUAUGAUAUUAAAAAUUUUGAAUUAAACAAAACACAUUCAGGAGAAAAAAUACUGUGUAACUAA